AACGUAUCCGGCUGCACGGGGCUAUGCCCCUAGUAUUUUAUAAUAUACAUUUUGCCAACAGAAAGCCAAAAUAGAAAGGGCAAAUUAGUAAUACUAGGACCACGAUGCAAAUGCGAAAGCCCUAGAGCUCGCAGCUAUAAAUUACAAUGACUUAGGGUGCGUCCUCAUUUACUUGUCUCACUCAUCAGUUUCGUAGCCGCAUCUCUCACAUUCUAACUCGCAGCUAUGGGUAAAGAGAAGUUUCACAUCAACAUUGUGGUCAUCGGCCAUGUCGACUCUGGAAAAUCGACCACCACUGGUCACUUGAUCUACAAGCUCGGUGGUAUUGACAAGCGUGUCAUCGAGAGGUUCGAGAAGGAGGCUGCUGAGAUGAACAAGAGGUCCUUCAAGUACGCCUGGGUCUUAGACAAACUUAAGGCCGAGCGUGAGCGUGGUAUCACCAUUGAUAUCGCUCUCUGGAAGUUCGAGACCACCAAGUACUACUGCACGGUCAUUGACGCUCCUGGACAUCGUGAUUUCAUCAAGAACAUGAUUACUGGUACCUCCCAGGCUGAUUGUGCUGUUUUGAUCAUUGACUCCACCACUGGUGGUUUUGAGGCUGGUAUCUCCAAGGAUGGUCAGACCCGUGAGCAUGCUCUUCUUGCUUUCACCCUUGGUGUCAAGCAGAUGAUUUGCUGCUGUAACAAGAUGGAUGCUACUACCCCUAAGUACUCCAAGGCUAGGUACGAUGAGAUCAUCAAGGAGGUGUCUUCCUACUUGAAGAAGGUUGGGUACAACCCUGACAAAAUCCCAUUCGUUCCAAUCUCUGGGUUCGAGGGUGACAACAUGAUUGAGAGGUCCACCAACCUUGACUGGUACAAGGGACCAACUCUCCUUGAGGCUCUUGACCAGAUCAACGAGCCAAAGAGGCCCUCAGACAAGCCCCUCCGUCUCCCACUUCAGGAUGUCUACAAGAUCGGUGGUAUUGGAACGGUGCCAGUGGGACGUGUUGAGACCGGUAUGCUCAAGCCCGGUAUGGUUGUGACCUUCGCUCCUUCAGGGUUGACCACUGAGGUUAAGUCCGUUGAGAUGCACCACGAGUCUCUUGUGGAGGCGCUUCCAGGUGACAACGUUGGGUUCAAUGUUAAGAAUGUUGCUGUCAAGGAUCUUAAGAGAGGGUAUGUUGCAUCCAACUCCAAGGAUGACCCUGCCAAGGGUGCUGCCAACUUCACCUCCCAGGUCAUCAUCAUGAACCACCCUGGUCAGAUCGGUAACGGAUACGCCCCGGUUCUUGAUUGUCACACAUCCCACAUUGCAGUCAAGUUCUCUGAGAUCCUCACCAAGAUUGACAGGCGAUCUGGAAAGGAGAUUGAGAAGGAGCCCAAGUUCUUGAAGAAUGGUGAUGCUGGUAUGGUUAAGAUGACUCCAACCAAGCCCAUGGUUGUUGAGACUUUCUCUGAGUACCCACCAUUGGGUCGUUUCGCUGUUAGGGACAUGAGGCAGACGGUGGCUGUUGGUGUUAUCAAGAGCGUUGACAAGAAGGACCCAACCGGUGCUAAGGUCACCAAGGCUGCAGUCAAGAAGGGAGCCAAAUGAUGAGUGACCUCUCAGUCUUUGGUUUUUCUUUGCAUUACAAAAACUUUGAUGGCGUUUGAGCCUUUUCCUUAUUUUCUGCGACUUUUUUCUACCUUGUUUUUGGAUCUCUGAGACUAUUGUGGUUUUCAAUUAUGCAGCUUCUGGAUAAUUUUGCCUAAAUGCUUUAUGCUCUCGAGUGUUCGUUAAGUUGCUUUUCUUUUGUUUAAGAUCUGAAUUGAU